AUGGCGAUCCGGGCUGCACAUGCACGACAUGCCACGUCGCGAAGAGGAGAUCCCACAAAAAAUCACGAAAUGGCUGCAAAAGUUGUAAAAGAAGAAGGAUCAAGAUGCGGGCAGUGCUUGAAAGCACUCAUUACUUGCGAGUUCGCGCUCGUCGCAACUCAACCGGACUCUCAUUCAAUACCAGAAAUAUCCCCCGAAGCAAAUACUGCUCUCCAGCCGAGGAAAAGGGGCCGCCCUCGCAAGAACUGGGACCCCGUACUUCAAGGGCCAAGUCCUCCAUACUCUAGUGCUGCCGAGUCAGAAUUGCCGGAUAUCAUCAGCUUGGGGUCGACGCCCUGCGACUUGCCUCUCACUGUGGACUGCCCGCCAACAUUACCAAAUCCGAUCUGGAUGUGGACGGUGGAUGAUAUGGAACUGCAGCAUCACUACAUGACUUCAGAUGAUCUCUGUCCUGGUGAUUUUUGUCUCUGGCGAGAAAAGGUACCACGCCUUGCGUUCAGCAAUCACUGCGUCCUGCAUUUGCUGCUAGCAGUGUCUGCGUUACACCUAGCGCGACAAAGGUCUGAUGAAGCAGCUCGUUUUGAAUUAAUUGCUGAUGGGCAUUAUUCCAUUGGUCUUCGCCAAAUCAUGGAUAUUCUACCCAACUUGAACACAGAAAAUGCCGGGGCGCUGUACAUAGCCUCAACACUGGUCUGCUCGUAUAGUUUUGCACAACGGCCAAGCCCAGGUCAUCUUCUCAUUAUAUCCGAUGGCGCAGAGGUAGCAUGGUUUGAACUUUUGCGGGGAGUUAGGAUGGUUGUGGAAACGAUUGGUUUCCAUGCCAUAUUCGCCGGUGUCCUCGGACCAAUGCCGACAGAGCAACCGGAGGAGGAGCCACCCGCAGAGAAGAUGACAGAGAGACUUGUCGAGUGGGAACCAGCUGUACGCAGGAUCUCCGACCUAAUAGCUGCGACUAAUGACCAGAACUCACGGAUUUACGAGAAGGUGGUAACCGACCUAUCCGAAUGCUGUGCGAAAACAUUUGGCACCGCGCAAAAGCCACGACAUGCCUUUGAUGGAAAGAUGGAAAUUAUCAUUGCGUGGGUUUAUCGCAUGGAGGACGAGUUUAUAGAAUGUCUCAAGGAGAAGAAACACGUUGCGCUUCUGAUAUUGGCGCAUUUCGUUGUUCUCCUCAAGACACUGGAGUGGCUAUGGUACAUGGAUGGCUGGGCCAGUCACAUUCUUCAUGGGGUCGCUUUGUACUUGGGUCCAGAGUUUGCAGACUUUCUGCGGUGGCCAAGGGAGGAAAUAGAGAGGUUGAAUGAGGAAAAGAGACUGAGAGCAUCAUCAUAA